AUGGCCAUUGUCAGAGAAUUACAGCCUGUGUAUAAGUGCGGCCUGGACACGCAGAACGAAGCCACGCAGUUCGUGGACCUCUGCUCGCACCGGGAUUGCUCCCCCAGCCACUGCAUCAUCGCGGCCAAGGACCACACGUCCAUCCCAGUGAACGAGGCCCAGGUCCGAAAGGUCGCAAGCGGGUUUGCCGGGCAGUUUAGGACCUGCGCGAUCGGCGGCGCCAUCUGCAGGAUGGGUGAGGCCCGUGAGUCCAUUCUCAGGCUGGCCAAGUCUGACCCCAUUGUCUCAAAGAAUUGA